AUGUCGAUCACAACUGUGUCGUUACUCUGGAAACAAGCAGGAACACGGGCUUGUAAACUCACCAUCGGGCAGAUAGUCAAAGGCAUCAUAGCUGUCUUGCAGCUUGGCGGAGGUAGGCGAGGCUCCACCUGGAACAAUAUGCCCGCCAUACCAUACUUCAAGUACCCUUCGGGGAACGAGGACGCCGGAGUCGAUCGCAUUAUCCUUUUUGCCACCCUGGGCGCUCUCUUUGUCGCCGCUUGUUUCAGAGCCGGAUUUUUGAGGCCACCGACUUCGGAGGUCAUAGCGCCCGCCCAUGAACCCAAUGAUGGAAAGAUCCGGAAGAGAUGA